ACGAAACUGAAAAGCCAACUUGCAGUCACGUACAGCACACGCUCCGUUCAACAGGAGGUUACACGGCAUAUACUCAUAUAUACACCGCGCAUGUGAGUCAGUAGCGAACGGCUGGCGCUUAUUGGCCGCCCACUCGCGCGCGCUGUCUCCUAUAUAUAAUACACAGCUCGAGAUGCACGCUUACUUAGUUUAGUGUGUAAUGCACAGCCGAUCCAGAGAGAGAGAGAGAGCUCAUUGUCCGAAGCGCGCGCGUGUCGUCCCAUUGUUUUGGGACAUAAUGCCGCGCGGAGGAGCUUUUGUACGCGCGCGUGUGGUCGGCGGAUAUCGAGAGUAUGCGUCUCACGAGCUGAUGAGAUGCGCGACGUCGUGUUUGUUUUUUUUUUUAUUUUUCAAAAAAUCGACGCAGGAAGCACAAGUAUACCUUUGUUCGGGGAGAGAAAAAAUUAGAGAGAGGGCAUUCCGAGCUUACGGUAUUGUAGCCAAUAAUGCCAACAGCUGACUGUACUUAUAUAAACCGCUAAUAACCGCACAGUGGCUACAGAGAGCUGCAGAGCGGUCUUUUUUUCCUGCAGUUUCGAAAUCGGAAUCGUAUAGCUAUAUAUAUAGGUAUAAGCUUUAUCCGUCGUUAUCCGGCUGGGGAGAUUAGAUAGAGCGAUAAGAGUCGUCGCGAGCACGUGUGCGCCGCUCGAUAAUCGAUCGCUUUUAUGCACUGCACCGAUAGGUGUUCGACGUGGUUUCAGAGCGGUGAAAGUUCAGCUAGACGAUUGUUGCAUAUGGAAUAAGAUCGUUUUUAAAUCUCGCGAUUUCUGAAAUUGCCUUCUCGAACGGAAAAAAGAUUCCCUGCACAGAACCUCGUCAAUUCCGCAAAGCCAGCCCACUCUUACACAGACGAGAAAGCAGCUUUAAUCCGGCAUAAUUGGUCGAUUUAUUUUAAUUUCUCAGCUCGCAUCCUCCUCCCCGUAAAGCAGCGAGUCUCGCUCGGCGUUCCCACUUCCAUACACAGCCCCUUAUUACAUCUCACACAAUGCACUCGUCGAAUACGUCUUGCGGACGAAGAGCGUCGACGGCGUCAUGCUUCGCGACGCUUCUACAAGCGUAAUAAUAAGUCGUUUAAUGCAGCCGUCUACUGCCUAUUAUGAGCGAACGAGGCGAAAAGCCGCGACGGCCCUGAUGGCGAAGUUUGCUUUAAUCUCUUUUCAAAAUUUCCCGCGCUUUCUUGAAAAUCAAGCAGAAAUCAUAAAUAUUUUUACUCUUACUCGCGUGCAAUCACCAUAAUAAGCCGAGCGCCUCGGAUCAAGGACCCCGAAAAAAAGCCCGUUCUCUCAGCUCGUCGCGCUCCGAAAAAAAGCAAAAACAUAUACGAGCAACGCACACCGCUGCACUUCUCUGCAUCAGGACGAGAUGCACAUACCUAUAGGAUAUACGCCGUAGCAGAGCGCAGGUACAAGGCCCCGACGGUGAUGCCUAUCUUUCUCUCUCUCUCUCUCUCGGCCGCCGAAAAAAGGAAGAAUACGAACCGGCAGAUGCCGGGGCCCGUGGUCGGAACGAAUUGGCCGGCUGUCUCUGUGUAUGCGUGUGUGUGUGUGUGUGUGUGUGUGCGAGUAUAACGAGGAGAAGGGGAGGUGGGGGUGAACUCGCUGCACGCGCUUUCGGCAGAGAGAAAGAGAGAGAGAGAGAGGAGAGGUAACAGCGGGUCCCACUUUUGAGAUUUCACUUGUGCGCGGCUGCUGCAGCUAUAAGCGCGACGCGAUCCUUUUGGCCACGCGUGCAAGAUGCUACGCUUUUCGAGGAUUUUUCGGGGAGAGAUUUUCCGAGAGUGAGAUUUUUUUUUUUUUGCUGAAAGGCUCGCUUUUGGGUUAAUGAAUGGUUAAUAAAAAGCGCGAUUGCCGUAAAUUGCAGGGAAAUUCCAUUCUCGCAACCCGAUAUUCCGCACUGUAAAUUCGAACAAAACCAUCCCGAUAGCCCAAAAAAAAAAAAAAAAAAAAAAAAAAUACAACCAAUCAAUCACUUCACAUCCUAAUCACAUCCAAAGGCUCAUAAUAAUAAUAAUAAUAAUAAGCCAGCAGCUCCUCUCAAAAAGCCAAGCCGCCGCAGCCGUGGAAAAAGCAUCAGAAACAGCUGUAUACUGGCGCGCGCGGCGGUGGGGGGUGCAGAGAGCCGAGCGAGCAUCGGCGGCACACUUGUUCCAAGUCGUUCCCCCGCUCAUUCGCUCACGCGUUGCCGGCGAGGCAACAUCGUUCGCUCUCUCGGCCCUUAAACAAUUCGCGAAUGUCUCUCGGUACAAGCAAUUGACUCUCGCCGGAAAAAAAAAUCUCUCCUCGAGCACUUCUCCCCUCGCGAUCUUGAAGUAAAAAGGCAUCAACCUGGAUCCCAUAAGGUCAGCGAGAAGACCGGCCAGCAGCAGCACGCCCAAGAUGACGACGACCACGGCUACGGUCACGGCGGCGAGUCUCACCCGGGACGUCGACUCGCACAUCGUCACGCUUCUGAGUAAGCUCUCGGCACUGCGGGAGCACAACCAGCAGCGCGAGCAGCAGCACGACGAGCACAAGCAGCCGAUGUCAAUCGAGGCCAGGAGUCUGGAGCUCUGGAGGUCCGUCGCCGUCGAGUGUUUCGCCACCUUCCUCUUCGCCUUCGUCGUCGCCGGGGCUGCUAUAGCGUCGUCUGUAUCCGGAAGCGGACUGAACGUGCUGGCAACUGCUAUAGCAAGUGGAUUCGCCAUCGCGGCUGUGCAGCUCAUCUUCGGACCCGUCAGCGGUGGGCACGUGAACCCGGCAGUCUCGGUGUCGUUCGCCCUGUCGCGGAAGGUGUCACCCCUCAGGGCUGGACUGUACGUCGCGGCCCAGUGCGGCGGUGGAAUCGCCGGCGCGGCUAUGCUCUAUGGAGUCGCCAAUUCGCCGCAGACCCUGAUGAUCUCCCCGGGACGUCUGAGCGAACAGGCGCUGCUGAAGCUGCUCGUCGAGCUGUCCCUCUCGGUCCUCGUGGUUCUCGCUCACUUCGCCAGCGAGUCGCCCAAGACUCUGCCGUCGACCGUCUCGGCCAAACCCGCCUGCGUUCUCGCAGCCGCCUACACCGCCGCUACUCUGGUUUCGGUAAGCGGAAGCCCCUUCCUGAACCCGGCGCGAGCCUUGGGCCCGGCCUUCGUGAUGAACAAGUGGGACAACCACUGGGUCUACUGGAUCGGCCCGAUCGCCGGUGGCGCCAUCGCUGCGGUGCUUCACGAGUACGUGCUCAGCAACAACCGUCGCUCGCGGGAUAACCGUGAUCUCGACGACGGCGAGAGCUCGUCCAUGCGGUCGGACGACGAGACCUACGACGAUCUCGACAAGGGCGCCCCCAAGUUUCCCGGAGCCUACGCCACCUACCGGCCGGUCGCCGGUGCUGCCUCCAUCUACGGGCCACCUCCGAGCGCCCUGGAACGCGUCGAGUCCAUCUACGGCGGCACCAAGUCCCUCUACUGCAAGAGUCCGCCGCUGACCCGGGCUAACCUCAACAGGUCUCAGAGCGUCUACGCCAAGUCCACGUCCGGUACGCGCGACGGUCUGAUCCUUCCCAAACCCGGACCUCUGGUGCCAGCUCAGAGCCUGUACCCCAUCAGACUCAACGCCGUCAGCUCUCAGGCCCCGGGACGCGAACUCAUGCCCAGUGGUAGUCAGCAGCAGCAGCAACAACAGCAACAGCAGACGCAGCAACAACCCCAGAGCAAUGGCCAGCCCUCGACUACUCAGAACCACAACAGCACCAACCAGAACAUGCAGAACCAACUGCAGCAGUGCACUCAGAACAUCUACGGUAUUCGGGGUAUCACCACGAGUCUGAGCACCCGCGACGGUAUCUACGGCCAUCUGGGUAGUCGCGAGAACGGUACCAUCACCACUGGCGGCGGUGGCGCCUCCAACAUCUACGGCAGGGCCCCGGCACCUCCACCAUCCAACCACGGACCCCCUGGCCAACAGCAGCAACAACAACAACAACAGCAACAGCAGGGCCAGAUUCAGAGUCCCCCCACCCGUGAGAACGGUCAGGGACCUAGUAUACCACCCCACCAGGACGAGGCCAGACGCUCUGAGCCACCAAGACCCGAGAGCAUGUACGGUCACGUGAGACGCGGAGAUGACUCAGCCUACAGUACCUACCAGAGCUCGUCACGGAGCACCUACGGCAAGGCCCCGGGACCCCCACCACCAUCCGGCUGGCGUCCAUCGCCCGUCAACGUACCCCCGCAGGGCAACUUCACCAGACACUCGCCCAACCCACCCCAGUACUGAUGACUGGCAGCCGGGGUCAGCGAGAGCUUAUCCGCUGACAACGUGCUGAGCAAGACUGGCAGUAGUCAAUGGAGAAAGCCUGCGGUUGGCUGUCCCCUGCACCAGCGGGACCCGCAGUGCCUUCUGCACGCAUGAGAGCUGAUGGAUGGAUCGUCCGGCCAAGGUGGCUGUUGAGACGCGUCCCGAGAGGAUAAUAUGGAAAGCUGGAGGCUGUGACGAUGUUGAUGUGGUCAUCAGCAUCAUGCAGCCGGGCGCCUGGCCCUGCAUUAUGCUCGUAGGAGGAUUUUUUGUAAUAUAGAGUCUGUAUUGUCAAUUACGUAAAGAGCGUUUUUUAAAGCCGAUUUUUUUGUAUUAGCGGAAAAUUUCUUGACACUUUGCACUUGCAAGAUGCGAGAAUGGGGCAACAAUAACCAGUGAAAAUAUUUUUUAGAGAGCUGAUGUGUUGUGUAAAAAUUAAUUGAAUUGUUUAGGAAAGCGUUGGUUAAUUUUUCACACAGUACGCAUGAAAGCUAGAAUGAAUGUUGAAGCGCCGAUAGAACAAUCUUUCGAAGUAGCAUUGGUAACAAAUUAUAAUGACAGUAUUUAUGUUUAAAGGGCUCGGAAAACUUGAGAAAAGAACGACAUGACGUUCGAGAUACAACGAUCUCAUUUUACGCAUUUGCACAAUCAUAUUCAUCAUUCAACGAAUGGUGUUUUUGUUAAAAUUGAACGAAUGGAGUAUGAUUAUAUGACUCGUUUAUAGCGAUUUGUACAGUUACAUGAUAUAAGUCUUUUAUUGUUAAAGUUAGAAAAAUCGUUUUCUCUUUAAAACUUCUUGCCAUGACUUGUAUACACUUUCAGCUGAAGACUGCGCGCCGUUUAACCAAAGUCUGAUGUAUACUUGUAAGCAAACAAACAUCUCGUAUUCUUAUCGACAAUACUGUAGUUCUGGUAGAAUCUCAUUUGUCAUUCACAGUACUUGCUAGAAAUUGUGAUUCUCGUCAUUCUGGAUUUUAUAUGUCAUUUUAACUACAUCACUGCCAAUUCUCACAAUUUCAAAUAGCGUUUAAAUCUACCGUAUAAUUACAUGUAAGUAUACGUAUAUACACUUAUGUAUAUACUUAUAUAUACACACACACACACACACACACACACAUAUAUAUAUAUAUAUAUAUAUAUAUAUAUAUAUAUA